GAACGUGGUCAAAACGUUUUUAAACCGAAAGCCACGUAAGGUGGCGAACAGUGGUUAGUAGCAGAUAGUAGUCUGUCAAAGUGCGGUGGUGAGCGGUUGUGUGAAACGAGCUGCCGCUCACAACGCUACAAUUCAAAACUAUCACGUCAAAAGUAAAUUAAUUUUUUUCUAAAAAUGGUUACGAUUAAAGGAAGAAAAAAUUCUAACAAAAAUCCACCAAUAUUCAGUCAUGAAUUUGUUAUUCAAAAUCACGCGGAUAUUGUCGCCUGCGUGGCUAUGGUAUUUGUAAUCGGUUUAAUGAUGCAGGUCACGUCACCAUGGGCUUAUACGUUUAUUGCUAUACAUCAUAAUGUUUCUACAGCAAUUACCAAUGAUCCAACAUUACCACUAAAAUAUACGACUGGUUGGAAGGAUGCAUGUGCUGUAUUUUUUUAUUUUUUAAUAACUAUUGUAAUGCAUGCUGUAUUUCAAGAAUACAUAUUCGAUAAAAUAUCAAAACGUCUUCACUUAAGUAAAGUAAAACUUGCAAAGUUCAAUGAAUCCUGUCAAUUGAUAGUAUUUUAUCUGCUCUCAGUUAUUUGGGGCAUUGAUAUCAUAAUCAGAGAUAAUUUGUUGUUAAACAUAACUUCUUUAUGGAAUGAUUAUCCAGUACUCUUAUCAUUCUCCUUAAAAUUAUUUUUUAUUGGGCAACUUUCCUACUGGUUACAUUGUUAUCCAGAAUUAUACUUUCAACGAGUAAAAAAAGAAGAUAUUGUACAACGUGUUAUAUUUACCACCAUUGGCUUGUUGUUCACUUUCGCAGCCUAUUUCUUAAAUUUCCAACAAGUAACCGUCAUACUACUUGUCCUUCAUUAUACUGGAGAUGUUUUACUGCAUGCUGCAAGAAUUAAUCACUUUGUUAAUCAGAAAGAAAAUACAACGAGAAUAUCAUUCCUGAUUGCCAAUUCAGUAUACGUGUUUGUUCAUAUCGCAUCUUUAGUACUUGCAGUUUUAGUAUUCUUAUACGGAUUUAAUCAAACUGAAAGUUCAUUUGAUUAUACUACUGGUAACUUCAAUACUCCUAUUGUACAGUAUACUGUUUUAAGUGUUAUUGUAUUUUUCCAAAUUUAUCUCUUACAUUCGUUCGUCAUGAAACAAAUUAAACGCGCUCGAGAAAAUACAACCCCUGUUAUUACGAAAGUAAAACCAAAACAAAAAUUGAAAAAAAAAGAAGGUAAAAAAUCAACUUUGUCUGAAGAUGAUGAAUUACCUGAAGUGGAUCAAGCAACUAAAAAGAAUUUGAGAUCUCGUUCUUCUACAAAAGCGAAAUAACUUGUUUUAUAUAUAUAUAUAUAUAUUAUUAAUAAAAUUGUAUAAGGCUGAUUAGAUAUCAGAUACCAUUCGCUUACGUGUCAUCAUCAAUAUCAAGGAGUGAAUGUUCCGAAAUAAUGUUCUUCCUUAGCCGUAGAAUUUAUAACAAAAAUUACACUUCAAUAUAAUUUAAGAAAUUCACGAAAAUAUCUUCAUAGCCUAUGUAUAUCGAAUAUUGUAAUUAUGAGAAUAAGAUUUUUUUGUGUAACUA